AUCAUCGUUUUCAAAAGCAGUUAAUAUUUCCAAACGAAAUGAGACGAACUUUUGUCUAACAAUAAAUAAUACACUGUCCGAAUUGAGAGCGGAACAGGAAAUAUUGAAAGAUAAAGUCAACAAGGCACAAGAUAUGCAGGUAUUAAAAGCGGAUCUGAAGAAAGAAAUAGAUGAUAUGGAAGCGGAUACUCGAUUUCUGAGAGCUGACUUUCAAUUUUUAAAAGCGGAUGUACAAUUUAUUAAAGCAGAUCUGGAACGGCAAAGAAAAUAUGAAGAAGAUAAGGAAUCCAAUAUCCAACUUCUAAGAGCAGAUAUUCUAUCUGUUAAAGCGGAGCUGGCGCUAGUGAUAAAGAAUGGAAUAGAUAAGGAGUCGAGCAUUCAAUCUCAAAAAGUGGACAAUCAAUACCUUAGAGAUGAGCUGGAAAAACAGAAGAAGGAUGGAGUUGAUAAGGAUUUGUAUAUUCAACAACUCAAAGCGGAGGUAGAACGACAAAAACAGCAAAUAUAUGAACUUGUUAAGCCACACUAUUGUGCCGAAGCCAAGUCGAAUGGGAUCAACGAAAUACUCCUUCCCAAAUUUAGCCUCCAACCUCUUAAAGUUUCCUGCGAUGCGGAAACUCAAGGUGGAAGAUGGACGAUCAUUCUGAGGAGAAUGGAUGGCAGUGUCAACUUUUAUCGAAAUUGGACCGAUUACAAAAAUGGAUUUGGAAAUCUGGAUGGAGAGUUCUUCUUAGGUUUGGAUAAAAUACACGCACUAACUGCAGAAGGGAGACAGGAGCUACUCGUUGUUCUUGAGGACUUCAGGGGAGUUGAAGUAUUUGAGUCGUAUGAUGCUUUUGCAAUUGGCAAUGAGGAUCAACAAUAUGUUUUACACACUCUGGGUGAAGCCAGUGGAACUGCCGGCGAUUCCUUCAGUGGUAAUCGUGGCUGCAAAUUUUCCACGUCUGAUAAUGAUAACGACAAUAGCUCAAAUACCUGUGCUGUUAGUCACUCUAGCGCCUGGUGGUACUCUACUGAUUGUGGCUACAGCUACUUGACGGGAAUAUACAAAGACAACACUGUUGGCAAAGGCAUCACUUGGAAUUCUUUUCGGGGUUUUACUUACUCCCUGAAAAGAGCUGUUAUGAUGAUUCGACCGAAAGAUUGAAUAUUAUGUCUCUCAUAUAUCAACAGCUGUUUUAUCAGAUACAUUUGUUAUGCUAAUUUAUAGAGAAUUGACUUGAAAUAAAAAAAAAUUACCUAUCUCUCUA